AUGCUGCUGUACUGCCACGGGCUGCUCUUGCUGUUUUGUACAUCACACGCUCAGCACCAGACCCCUGACGAGCUGACGCGAGACGUGGAGCGGGCGAGAGAUGAAGUAUGCGAGUGGUGGCAGCAGUACCAGCGCCUUUUCCGAAAGCAUUGGCAGACAGCCAACCGUGCUGAACGGCGAGCACAUCUCUUUGAGACUGUGCCAUUGCUGCCCAAGGCCAGAUCUCAUCCGCGCACUCUUACGGGUGAAGAUGCGGAAGGAUUCUCUGACCUAUGUCCCGAACUUAACUUGGAAGACCUUUCCGCAGAUCCGCAUGUGCUCUUGGAUGUUCUGGACAUGCGGUGCCACGCGGACAUGGCUGUGCAGAGAAAAGCUCAAGACGACGACCUUGCGUUGUCGCGGGCGCUGGCCGGCCGGAAGUCGCGGCAAAGAUCUGGCCUUGUUCGGAAGCUCUUUUACCUGAGAGACCCAGUGACCACGACUGUCACGGGGCCUCUUCAAGGUCAGGGAGAGGAGGACUCGGCGUGGAAGUCGCGAGCGUCCGACUUGGUCAUGGAGUCGGAGAUCUGGUGGACUGUCCUCUUCCGCCAACAUUCGAUCUACACCAUGUUAUCGAAUGUGUUGAAGGAGCACUUCGAAGUUCAGGGACUUCAAGGGUAUCUUGAGCCUCAGUCAGAGAUGGGCCCACAGACGGGAGAUGUAGACGAUCUGAACGACAGCUAUGACUGGCUAGAGGAUGCAGCGAUCUGGUGCAGUGCAGUGGUGCUGCUUUGCCUGUUGGCUUGGCUUGUCUUCACUUGGUAUCGCGGAGAUGCUGCACUUGGACCUCCUCGGGACUUGUGCUGUCCGAUGUCGCUAGAGUUGUUCACAGAUCCUGUGGUGGCUGCGGACGGUGAGACUUACGAGCGGUGGUGGAUCGAAAAAUGGAUCCUCGAGAAGUCACCAGAAGUCAGACCUCGUCAAGGCACAGGUGUGAUUUCGCCAAUGGGCCAUGGCAUUCUCAGCCAUACGAAAUUGGUGAGCAAUCAGACGGUGCGCCGAUUGGCCAACCAGUGGCGGGAAAAGAACGUGAAGAUGGACUGA